AUGAUCUUGAGAGUCUCUUUCAGAACAGUCAAGAGAAAUCAAGCAAAACAAUUUCUCAACAAUCCAUUCCACAGAUAUCUCUCCCUUUCCCAAAUCAAUGCAUUGAAUUUGAACCUUCAACGCUCAAAUUUUUGCGUUGAAUAUGCUACUUUACGGCAGACUCCUCAUCUGUUUGACAAAAGUCCUCACCCAGAUCUUUCCCAUUACAAUGCUUUGCUCUUCGACUACUCUCGCAAUAACAACAAGGAGGAAACUCUAAAUCUCUUUUUGGGUAUUCAUCGUUUUGGUUUACCGGUUGAUGCAUCCACGUUAUCCUGUGUUUUAAAGGUAUGCGGAUGCUUGUUUAAUGUGAUAGCUGGAAGACAAGUUCAUUGCCAAUGUUUGAAGCUUGGGUUACUUGAGGAUGUCACUGUAGGGACUUAUCUUUUAGAUAAGUAUAUGAGAACAGAGAAUGUUAAAGAUGGUAGGAGAGUUUUUGAUCAUUUGGGGGAAAGGAAUAUGGUUUCUUGGACUUCAUUGCUUAGUGGCUAUGCUCAGAAUGGAAUGAACGAGCAAGUUUUGGAAUUGUUCUUGACAAUGCACAUGGAAGGGAUAAAACCCAAUCCAUAUACCUUUGCUGCUGUUCUUGUAGCUCUGGCGUCUGAAGGGAUGGUAGAAACCGGCGUUCAAGUUCAUUGUUUGAUUGUAAAAUUUGGUCUCAAGACAACAACUUUUGUGUGCAAUUCUUUGAUUAAUAUGUAUUUAAAAUCAGGGAUGGGUAAAAAUGCUAGACUUUUUUUUGAUGGCAUGGAAACCAAGAAUGCUGUGACAUGGAAUUGUAUGAUUUCUGGUUAUGUAACAAAUGGGCUUGAUUUGGAAGCUUUCGAAACAUUUUACGAUAUGAGGCUAGCUGGUGUUAAGCUUACUCAGAUGUCUUUUGCUCCUCUUAUAAAGUUAUGUGCUAACCGUAAGGAAUUGGGUUUUGCAAGACAGCUUCAUUGUCGAGUUUUGAAAGAUGGUUUUAGUUGUGACCCUAAAAUCAAAACCACGCUUAUGGUAGCUUACAGUAAGUGCAGUGAAAUGGACGAUGCAUUCAAGUUGUUUUCAAUGAUGCUUGAAGCUCAAAAUGUUGUAUCUUGGACGGCUAUGAUCAGUGGGCACCUGCAGAACGGUAAAAUUCAAGAGGCAGUGAAACUUUUUUGUUUAAUGAACAAGAAAGGUGUUAGACCAAACCAUUUUACUUAUACUACAAUCCUUACAGCCCAACCCACUAUUUCUCCUUUCCAAAUACAUGCACAAGUAAUCAAAGCUAAUUAUGAGAAGUCGUCGUCUGUCGGAACUGCUAUUUUAGAUGCUUAUGUUAAGCUGGGAAAUAUCAAAGAAGCUGCCAAAGCUUUCGAACAAAUUGAUGAGCGGGACAUUGUUGCAUGGUCGGCGAUGCUAGGUGGGUAUGCUCAAAUAGGAGACUCCGUGGGAGCUACCAAAGUUUUUAUGCAGCUGGUGAAGGAGGGGAUUAAACCUAAUGAAUUCACCUUUUCAAGUGUUAUCAAUGCCUGUGCGGCACCUACAGCACCUUUAGAGCAGGGAAAGCAGUUUCAUGCAUGGUCAAUGAAAUCAAAAUUAAGUGAUGCUUUAUGCGUAUGUAGUGCUCUGAUUACAAUGUAUGCUAAGAGAGGGAAUAUAGAUAAUGCUUAUCAGGUUUUUACAAAGCAGCGGGAAAGAGACCUCGUGUCAUGGAACUCGAUGAUCUCUGGAUAUGCACAGCAUGGUUGUGCGAAGAAAGCUCUUAAUGUUUUCGAAGAAAUGCAGAGAGAAAACGUGGAAAUGGAUGAUAUAACAUUUAUUGGCAUCAUUUCUGCCUGUAGUCAUGUUGGAUUAGUGGAUGAAGGUGAAAAAUACUUCAACAAGAUGAUAAAAGAACACCACAUUUCCCCAACAAUGGAGCUGUGUUCUUGCAUGGUUGAUCUAUAUAGCCGAGCUGGAAUGUUUGACAAGGCAAUGAAUAUCAUCAACAAGAUGUCUUUCCCUGCCUCUGCAACUGUGUGGCAAACUCUCUUGGCUGCCUGCCGUGUUCAUCGCAAUUUAGAGCUCGGGAAACAUGCUGCAGACCAGCUUAUUUCACUUCAGCCAGAAGACUCAGCUGCAUAUGUUUUGCUUUCCAAUAUUUAUGCUGCAGCAGAAAAUUGGCAUGAAAGAAGGAAUGUAAGGAAAUUGAUGGAGCAGAGAAAAGUGAAAAAGGAGGCUGGCUACAGCUGGAUUGAAGUUAAGAACAAGACUCACUCAUUCUUGGCCGCUGAUCAUUCUCAUCCCAUGUUGGAUCAUAUUUAUUCAAAACUUGAUGAGCUAAAAUCUCGACUGAAGGACACAGGGUAUCAACCUGAUACCGAUUAUGUACUUCAGGACAUUGCCAAUGAAGACAAAGAAAUCAUUCUUUCUCAACACAGUGAGAGACUGGCUAUUGCUUUCGGGUUGAUCGCUACUCCUGGAACAGCGCUUCAGAUUGUUAAGAACCUUAGAGUGUGUGGAGAUCACACUGUUAUCAAGUUAAUAUCACUGAUUGAAGGAAGGGAUAUAGUUGUUAGGGAUAAAUCCCGGUUCCACCACUUCGAAUCAGGUAGCUGUUCUUGUGGUGAUUACUGGUAACCAUCUAUUGAUGCAGCCUGCAAUUCCCAAAGUGUUAAUCCAUUCAUCUAGGUGCUGCAAAGGGUGGGAAUAUAAUUUAAAGCUCA